UCUUGCAGAGGGCAGCGGUCUCAAGCAGCAAUCUGGCAAAAAAUAUUCCUCCUCCUGCAACACAUUACGGGGGGCGGAGCUCGCGCCACUGAGGGACAGUCCCCGGGAUCAAUGGGAACGCGGCGCUCCGCGGCAGCGCUCCAAUCCUCGCGCCCAGGAGGCGGGGUGUAGGGGGGAAGCGGAGGAGUGGAGGGGAGGAGGGGGUCGAAACCAGAGAGAGAGAGAGAGAAUCCCAAAAAUGACAUCUAGAUUGCGGUGGAGCGGGGAGUGACCGGGACGCGGAGAGAAUCUGAUGUGAAGAGAGAUUUUUGUAACGGACGGAACGAGACGCACCGGGGAGGCGCAGCGCAUUACGCACGGUUUCCAAGCUCGGAUGCCUUUUGCCGCUUCUGACUUUUAUUGCCUCUUUUGGAGAUGUAGUUGCGCUCUUGAGGAAAAAAAAAAUCCCAAGAAGGCAUUUGUUGUUACUAGUUGAGUAAGAGAGAGAGAGAGAAAGAGAGAGAGAGCGAGAGAGAGAGAGAGAGAGAGGCUCCGUUUCCUGUUUUCCAGCAGCGAUUGCAGCUGCGCUGGAGAAGCCCCGCAGGGUAGGCUGAACGACCGGUCCUCCUUCCCCGCUUCCAAACCACACCGGCGGUCCGCUGCGAAGCUCGGCGUGUGGACACAGAGCGAGAGAGAGAGAGAGAGAUAGAGAGAGAUCGAGAGACACGCAGAGAGAGAGAAAUGUGCGACCUGAUGCCAGCCUCCCAGCCCCCGCAGAAAAUCGGCAAAAUGAAAAAGUUGAGGAGAACUUUGUCGGAGAGUUUCAGGAGCAUUGCUUUCAAGAAAGAGGACAGCGGCUUUGACGAGAUAUGUGUCACAAAGAUGUCCACACGCAGCUGCCAGGGAUCGGACUCGGUCACUAAGCCACUGGACACCAUCCCUGAGGACAAGAAGGUGAGGGUGCAGCGCACGCAGAGCGGCUUCGACCCGUUCGAGAAGCCCGUCAGCCAGGUGAAGAGGGUCCACUCUGAGAACAAUGCCUGCAUCAGCGCCAAGGGCUCGUCCACCGGCAAGGAGUCACCCAAACUGCGUCGCCACUCCAGCCCGAGUUCUCCUACAAGCCCCAAGUUUGGAAAAGCUGAUUCCUAUGAGAAGCUGGAGAAACUCGGAGAGGGUUCAUACGCUACAGUUUACAAAGGAAAGAGCAAGGUGAAUGGGAAACUGGUGGCGCUGAAGGUGAUUCGUCUACAAGAGGAGGAAGGGACGCCCUUCACGGCCAUACGAGAAGCAUCUCUUCUGAAAGGCCUGAAGCAUUCCAACAUCGUGCUCCUCCAUGACAUCAUCCACACCAAGGAAACCCUGACUCUGGUCUUCGAAUAUGUGCACACAGACCUGUGUCAGUACAUGGACAGACACCCCGGGGGUCUCCUUCCAGACAAUGUGAAGCUGUUCCUGUUCCAGCUGCUGAGAGGCCUGUCCUACAUCCACCAGAGGUACAUCCUUCACCGCGACCUGAAACCACAGAACCUGCUCAUCAGCGACACGGGAGAGCUCAAACUUGCUGAUUUCGGCUUGGCCAGGGCUAAGUCGGUCCCCAGCCAUACCUACUCCAACGAGGUGGUGACCCUCUGGUACCGGCCUCCAGAUGUCCUGCUGGGAUCCACUGAAUACUCCACCUGCCUGGACAUGUGGGGAGUGGGCUGCAUUUUCAUUGAGAUGAUCCAAGGAGUGGCUGCCUUUCCAGGGAUGAAGGACAUCCAAGACCAGCUGGAGAGGAUAUUCCUGGUCAUCGGCACCCCGUCUGAGGACACCUGGCCCGGAGUUCACUCUUUGCCUCACUUCAAACCAGACCGCUUUACAGUGUACAGCUCCAAGAAGCUCAGACAAGCGUGGAAUAAGUUGGGCUAUGUGGACCAUGCCGAGGAGUUGGCGACCAGGUUCCUCCAGUGCUUCCCAAAGAACCGUCUGUCAGCCCGGGCGGCGCUGAACCACGAGUACUUCAGCAACCUUCCUCCGCGGCUCUGGGAGCUGCAGGACAUGUCUUCUAUCUUCACCGUACCAAAUGUCAAGCUGCAGACAGAGAGCGGGGACAGCAUACAGGUGUGCGCGCGAAUGAACAGCCACGGCAAGGCUUCCUCUGGCAGCAAGCACUGACCUGAGGCGGCAUCCUGCACAACCAUUGCCUGACAGGUGGCUGAUGUAAAAAAGAAAGGAAAGAUGAAGACAAGAGGUGGAGGAUCCAGACGAAUGGAAGAGCCCCAGUUCUCGUAAUUUAUUACCUUCACAAAAUGCGUGAGCGUGGGUGUAUGUGUGCGCGUGUGUGUGUGCCUUGUGCAUGAGAAAGAGAUUUGGCAUUGGGUAUAGAUAGGAAUGCAUGUGUGCAUUAUGAACGGAACCGAAGAUUUCAGGCUAUCAUUUGCAAAUCAAAUUGUGUUUACUUUUUAUAAGGUUCCAAUAACUCAUAUCACAGUAUAAACAAAAAGGACUUUACUAUUGGUACAUAUUGUGUUUUGUGUUUGUAACUAGCACUCCUAUUUAAGAAUGUAUAUUUGUAUGUAUGAUAUACUCAUCUAGAAACUAUAUAAUGGACAAUUUUAAUAUCGCUUCAUCUUCUUACCACUAUAUUGCUCACGCCGAGACACAACAGACACAUCGAGGAGACACGCAUACAAGUAAGGCUUGAAAAAACUAAGGCAAUGUCGGUAAAAAAAAAGAAAGAAAGCUCCUUAAGAGUUCCAUUUCAACUUUUUUACCUGGUUCAACUCUAAUUUGUGGAUCCGUAGACAAUAAAAAUAAUGGAGGGCUUUUUCAGGUGGUGCAACACAUCCUCCGGCAGACAUCUUGGAGGUCCAUCUCUGCUGAGGGACUUAUAUUUUAAUGAUGACAUUUCACCAUUUUUCUUUGACCUGGUCAGCUGACUUUUUGUCAGGUAACGACCUCUAUCAACGAAUACUUUUUAAACAGUGAAGUCGACAUCUAGUCUGUAAAUAAGUAUAAGGGGAGUAGUUUUCCUCUAUAUAUUUGCCUUUUAGAUACUUUCCCGAAAGGAAACAAUAUUAUUUGCAGGUGAUCAGAUCAGAUGUGUGCGUGCAGACAUCACAACCCUAUCUGCAUCAAAGUAACCCGGAUGGGGCGCUAGGUUGAAGACAUUUGAGUGUCCGAACUGAGACGAAUCUAUCGGAAUCGGAUUGGAAUUGGACGUCAAACCACUUCCAAAUAGGGUUUGCAAAAUUAAAACUAAAAAUACCAUUUCAAUUUUUCCACUGGACCUCCAUGAUGGAAAUAGAACUGGCUGAGAUGAAUUUUUUUGUUGCAACUGAAAAGCUUUUCACAAAUAAAUGAUCUUUGAUGGAGAUGUUGAAGGUGCACACAUAAGACAACAGGGACAGCACCAACCAGAGUGCAAUACUAUAAAUGACAACAGCUGUAAGUGUGUUUGUGUGUGUGUGUGUGUGUUUAACAUGGGCAAUAGCUAAGCAUUGGGGCUUCCAUCCAAGCAAAUGAGCUAAUGUACAAACGGUAAAACACCAAGGCAAUAGGUUGUGUGGCCUUUUGUUUGAUCUAGCCCAUGACAAUCCUCCCCUUCACGUUAUCGAAUAACCAUCAACAGAUCUGCAAUAUUUUAUUCUAAACAAACGAUCUACAUCAAUAACUUCAACUUUUUGUUAAGCUCUUGAGUCAAAUGCUAAGAUUGAUUCGGAGCUUUUCGUAUCUGACGAUUGAAAAAAGUGUCGGUAUGAGUGCUUUUCAGUGUGUGUACUUUAGGUGGACCCUUCACCACCGACACGUGCUCUUGUGGGGACACUCUCCCUCUGUGUGUGCCCCUCAACAUCCUACACAUUCUCAAUGUUUUUGCAACUUGUUAAUGAUGAAAGGUCAAAUGUAUAAUGUAGUAUCAUCUGCAAAGAAGUUUAUACUGUCUUUCAUUUGAUGUUUUGUGUGAAAAUAUCUGAAUAUUACAAGCUUAGACGUAUGGUUAUAAUUGUGAAGUACUAAUAAUACAAUGGCUUCCUCUUUAUCAAUCAGUUUGAAACAAUAAUAUUGGCCCUAAACUGUUGAUAAGUCGAUGAGAUGAGGUUGCAAAUGUGGCGUCAUGGAGAAUUUGAAAUUGUGGACACUCACACACGCACAGACACUCACACACUCUCACACACUCACUUUAUAAUAUAGAUGUCUUGCCUGCUAGUGUAACCUUUCUGCACCUACCUGCUUUAAUGCAUUAUAUACCUGCAGCCCCUCCACGCCCCCCUUCUGCUGCUGUUUGCUUUGCAGUCUGUCGCAUUCAAAGAAGGUCAUUUUUAAAGGUCUAUCUUAAUACAUCACUCAUGAAAUGUAAUCAUUCCUCCAUUCCCGACUGGCCAUGAAGUGAUAUUCAUGCAGAACCAAAAUGAAUUCCAAAGUUCCGCUGUCGCUAAUAUUCGCUGAGUCAGCCAAAUUGAGUGGGUAUCUCCGUCCAGACCAUUGUGUGUAAGUUUAUUGACUGAUAUGAUGGACAAGAGCUAAAUUGACAAGCAAUAUAGGAUUAACAUUUGUCAGGUGGCUGGAGGUGUAAGAUGACAGAUACGUUGUGCGUGUUUCCAAAAAGGAAGUGUACAAAAGUACAAAUUGUGCAAAAAACAUUUAAAGAUGGAAGAGUUGCAUCGAAGAAAAAAAACUGACUGAGUGAAUAAAUCAGAUGGAACACGAAGCAGGUGGCGUAACCAUCCAUCGAGCUAUCGCUCCCAUUGGAGAGAUGAAAAAUGGCUGCAGAUUGAGGUUGACAUUAAUAGAACCAGAUUGGGGAAUUAGCGUAACCAACUGAUUACCUCGAUGAGUCCCAACUCCAAAUAUUUGCAUCACAGUAGCAUUUCCUCUGGCGAUUUCCUGGAAAUGUGGUUGAAUUUGUGUUAAAUCUGGAUGGAAACUUCCGAUUGCUGAAUAUUAUUAUUGGCUAAACUUUGGAAUAUAUUUUUGCUCAGAAUACAGAUUGUGGCUUUGUUCCUCUAUCUAAGAUUAGAGUGGUUCCGAUACCAUUUUUUCCGUCCUGAUAUUGAUUUUCAUACAUGUACUUGUGUAUCGGCCGAUACCGAGUACCCAUCUGAUGCCAGAGAGUUUAAAAACACGUUGCCGCUAUAUGGUGGUGACGUUUUGCGAGCAAUGAUGAAACUAGCUAACGAGUGAGCCGCCUCACUUUCUUGUCACCUCAUCUCUGUUUAGAGUUGCACAUGCGCUAAUCCAAUCAUACCGGAUGUACGGAUCGGGGAGAGAGAUUUCUCGUAAAGUGUGAAGGAACUGACGAAUGAGAGGAAACCGUGAUGUCAGAUCGCUGGAUAGACUUUGCGUACUCGCCUAUGCUUUAAUGACUGUUCCAAGCCCAGCUUCUUCGACCAAUGAGGCCAAAUAAAUGAUCAAUGGCUAACUCUCCCCGAUAGCGUUUUGAAACAGCACUUUAAAGAAAAAUCUAUUUGCCCUACAUUCCAGGCUGUAUGGUUACUUUCAUGCACUUGCUUUGCCCUUAAUGAGACAUACACUACCGUUCAAAAGUUUGGGAUCACUUAAAAAUGACUUUAUUUUUCAAAGAAAAGCACUGUUUUUUCAAUAAAGAUAACAUUAAAUUAAUCAGAAAUACACUCUCUACAUUGUUAAUGUGGUAAAUGACUAUUCUAGGUGGAAGUGUCUGGUUUCUAAUGAAAUAUCUCCAUAGGUGUAUAGAGGCCCAUUUCCAUCAACUAUCACUCCAGUGUUCUAAUGGUACAUUGUGUUUGCUAAUCGCCUUAGAAGACUAAUGUCUGAUGAGAAAACCCAUGCAAUUAUGUUAGCACAGCUGAAAACAGUUAUGCUGGUGAUAUAAGCUAUACAACUGGCCUUCCUUUGAGCUUGAAGUUUGUAGAACAAAAAUAAUAUUUCAAAUAUUAAUCAUUAUUUCUAACCUUGUCAAUGUCUUGACUAUAUUUUAUAUUCAUUUGAUAAAUAAAAGUGUGAUUUUUCAUGGAAGACACAAAAUUGUCUGGGUGAUCCCAAACUUUUGAACGGUAGUGUAUACAGUAUAUGAGUACAUAUACUGUAUACACUACAGUAUACGUUACCUUUCUUUGCCUGACGCAAAGCAAACCAGCCCUUCUUACAAAUGUAAAUAUCAUCCCUUGUUUUGAACCUUUAGCACAGAUUGAGGAAGAGCUCACGGAAAUUCUGUACUUGAAGUCAUCUCGCGGCUUUUCAGUGUCAUCCCCAGGCGGUGGUUGUGCGGCAGAAAAGAACAGGGGGAGGAGACAGGGCGGGUAAUGCCAGUAAAGCGGCGUGACAGAAGAGGGUUAAUACCAUCGAGCUGUGCGAAGAUUGCCCAGCCUCAUGUGGCUUUAAGGGAUUGCAGGCAGUAUUAGCAGCCGAAUAAUUAUCUUUGGCAUGUUUCUUCUCGUGAAAUACUUUCGGCGUGGCAAUCAUCGCUUUGUUUGCCCCUCGACACUGUACUUCUGUAGUCUUGUACAAAAGCUUAUAUUUUUGACUCCUGUGUGGGCGGAGUUCCUAAAGGCACUCUGUUCCAAUUUGAAUGUUCUUCAAAUAUUUCAAAAAAGUCCAGUGAAGGACACACUUAGUGGAAUUGCACAUUUAGCACUGUGACAAGGGACUUGAGAAAUACUCUCAGUAGAAAAUGUCAAAGGGGGAAAUCGAUAGGGUGGUGACACACCUCCCAGGAAGUGAAAUAGUGAUGCUUCCACUAUGUUCGUAUACAGGGUUGCAAAGGUCCCCUUGAUGCUAUCAAAGAUAUAUCAUGUAUGAAUAAACAUAUAAGGUGAAUAUAAAUAUACGGCAUCUAUUUUUUGCCAUUCUUUAUCAUGUGGCCCAAAGUGGUAUCGGAAAGGACAAACAUUUAGGUUGGAUCCAUUGAGCGUCCUCGCGGUGCUCAACAAUGAAUCCGCGUUUGCAACUUUUUUCAACGAAGCUUCUUUCGCAUUUUAUUUUAUCUCUUUUCUUUUUUAUGUACACUACCGUUCAAAAGUUUGGGGUCACUUAGAAAUGUCUUUAUUUUUAAAAAAACCCCACUGUUUUUUCAAUAAAGAUAACAUUAAUCAAUAAUACACACUAUACAUUGUUAAUGUGGUAAAUGACUAUUCUAGGUGGAAACGUCUGGUUUCUAAUGAAAUAUCUCCAGGUGUAUAGAGGCCCAUUUCCAUCAACUGUCACUCCAGUGUUCUAAUGGUACAUUGUGUUUGCUAAUCGCCUUAGAAGACUAAUAUCUGAUUAGAAAACCCUUGUGCAAUUAUGUUAGCACAGCUGAAAACAGUUAUGCUGGUGAUAUAAGCUCUACAACUGGCCUUCCUUUGAGCUUGAAGUUUGAAGAACAAAAAUAAUACUUCAAAUAUUAAUCAUUAUUUCUAACCUUGUCAAAGUCUUGACUAUAUUUUCUAUUCAAUUUUCAAUUCAUUUGAUAAAUAAAAGUGAGUUUUCAAGGAAGACACAAAAUUGUCUGGAUGACCCCAAACUUUGGAACGGUAGUGUAUGCUGCACUGAAAACACGUUAUUUUCUUUCACAAGUGGUUUCGGAGAACCGAAGUGUCGUCAGUCACUUCACCCGAGUGAAACAAUAUAGUAUACAGUAGAAUAGCUGUUGCAUAAGUUACGACCUGUAUGUAAUGUUAUUAUGGAAGAUGUAAUGUCCUUCUGUAAAUGUUGUUUAAUGUUGUUUUACCUGAAAUAAAAAUGUAUUAAUGCUU